AGUCGCAGUGACAUGUUUGGUGUGGGAGAGUGAGAACAUUGUCUCAGACGGAUGUCAUUGGAAUAACAUACCUAUUUUGAUUUGCUCCUUUGCCUACAUAUAGGCCUACGCCUUGUCGGAUUUUAACAAUCGAUAGUUGUGCAACAUUAAGAAAACAUGUUUUAUGUUUGUUUUCGUGGCACAAGGAGAUCCGCAAUUCGGAAAUGGCAACUGUAUCUUCUCCUUCUCUCAGUCUGUUUUUCACUGUAUGUGGACGGCCAGGUCCGCUAUUCUAUUCCAGAGGAGAUGACUACUGGUUCAUUCGUGGGGAAUAUCGUUCAGGACCUAGGGCUGGAAGUUAAAAGACUGAAAUCAGGUCGAGCGCGUAUUUUUACAGAGGAUAGCCGUGAGUAUAUCGGUCUCAAUGCGGACAAAGGGACUCUGGUGGUGAAAGAGAGGAUUGAUAGAGAGGAGCUGUGCGCCCAAGUGACUCCAUGUUCGUUACAUUUCCAGAUAAUUCUUGAAAAUCCCGUUGAACUUCACCGUAUUGACGUAGAGAUAUUAGAUAUAAACGACAAUUCUCCAGUAUUUCCAAAUAAAGAAAUUAGAUUACAGAUUAGUGAGGUGUCUCUGUCUGGUGCCCGCUUUUCACUAGAGAAUGCUAUGGAUCCUGACGUCGAAAUGAAUUCCAUUCAAACAUAUUCCCUUCUUCCGAGUGAUCAUUUCACUCUGAAGCAACAUUCGCACUCUGAUGGCAGUAAAUAUUUAGAAAUGGUACUUAAAACGAUGCUGGACAGGGAAACGAAUGAGCAGCAUACCUUAGUGUUAACUGCUGUGGAUGGAGGUACUCCUCAGAAAUCGGGCACGGUCAAAAUAUAUAUAGAAGUAUUGGAUAUAAAUGAUAAUGCACCCGUAUUUAGCUCUGGACUUUAUAAAUCCUCUUUAUCCGAAGAUUCGCCUAAAGGGACUGUGAUUUUGAGAGUCAGUGCUACCGAUUCAGAUAAAGGGACAAAUGGAGAGGUUGUAUAUUCUUUUUCCCAUUCCACUGGUGGCGGGUCAGAUCUUUUUACUAUUGAUCCUCUUACCGGGGAAAUCAAAGUAAACGGUAAAUUAGAUUUCGAGACUAACAAACAACAUAAAAUAAGUGUGCAAGCAAUGGAUCGGGGUUCUCUUACAGAUACUUGUAAAGUACAGAUAGACGUUUUGGACGUCAAUGACAACGAACCUCUUAUUACAUUAAUAACAUUUUCAAACCCAAUUCCUGAGGAUGCGUCACCAGAGACCGUUAUAGCAAUGCUGAACAUUAAAGAUUUAGACUCCGGUAGAAAUGGACAAAUAAAAUGUUCCAUACACUCGGAUUUACCUUUUCGUAUUAAGUCAUCCUCUUCCAACAUCUACAGUUUGGUCACAGAUCAGAUGUUGGACCGUGAAAUGGUUUCCGAGUACAAUAUUACAAUAACAGCAACGGAUGAGGGGUUUCCUCCGCGUUCUACUAACAAGACUCUGACAUUGAGAAUAUCGGAUGUGAAUGAUAAUGCUCCAGUAUUUGAGAGGCACUCAUACACUGCUUAUGUGAGGGAGAACAACUCUCCAGGUGUAUCCAUAUUUUCACUAACAGCCAGUGAUAAGGACACCGGCAACAACGCACGUAUUUCAUAUUUUAUAGAUGAUUCACAUAAAGAUGGACUUUCAGUAACCCCAUUUAUAUCUGUGAAUUCAGAAAGCGGCGUGAUCCACGCAGUGCGUGCUUUUGAUUAUGAACAAAUCAAAGAAUUUAAGAUCUGCAUUAAAGUGCAAGAUGGAGGUUCACCGCCUCUGAGCACCAAUGUGACUUUAACUGUUUUCGUACAAGACCAGAACGACAACUCGCCUCAGGUUCUCUACCCAGUACAAACUGGUGGCUCUCUGGUGGCUGAAAUGGUGCCCCGUUCAGCAGAUGUGGGCUAUCUUGUCACUAAAGUGGUGGCUGUUGAUGUGGACUCCGGACAGAAUGCUUGGCUCUCAUAUAAACUGCAGAAAGCGACAGACAGGGCGCUGUUUGAAGUGGGCUUACAGAAUGGAGAAAUAAGAACCAUACGCCAGGUCAUUGAUAAAGAUGCUGUGAAACAAAUUCUCACUGUUAUAGUGGAGGACAACGGACAGCCCUCUCGAUCAGCUACAGUCAAUGUGAACGUGGCAGUGGCGGACAGCUUCCCUGAAGUCCUUUCAGAACUCACUGACUUCAAGCAAGACAAAGAAUACAACAAUAACUUGACAUUUUAUUUAAUUUUGGCACUUGCUGUGGUUUCACUACUUUUUAUUUUUUCUAUUAUUGCUAUAAUUUCUGUCAAAAUCUACCGGUGGAAACAGAAUAAGUUAUUCUAUAAAUCUGCAACAAACCUCCCCGUUAUCCCAUAUUACCCUCCCGUUUACCCAGACGGAACCAUGGGAACCCUACAGCGUGUGUACAACUAUGAGGUGUGUGGAACCACUGACUCUAGGAUGAGUGAUGUGAAGUUUGCGAGGCCUUAUAGCCAGAACACACUGGGGGAUGUGAGUCGCAUGGGGACAAUGCAGAGAGAGAAGAGGGAGCAGGAGGAUGGUGAUGGAGAGUGUAAUUUCUCUGCUUAA